AUGAAGAUCGCCCUGCUUGCCGGUCUGUCACAGGUGCUCCUUGCCUGCGCGGUCACGAUUAAGCCUCCUCGCGUUGCUACGGCCCAGAGCAGUUUGGUCGUCAGCAUGAGCAAUGUCACCAACGCGAAUCCCGAGGACCUCUCUUGCGGUGGUGUGACCGACUGCUCCAGCCUCUGCGAUGCCCUGGGCACCAAGUGCUGGUCGUGCGCCGACGAUGGCUGCCAUUGCGACUACCUCCCAGCGAAGUGCAACAAUUAG